AUGGCUACCGCGGCGAUAUUUUCAUCUCUGCGGCGGAGGAGAUCACCGUCGUUAGACGCUUUUCUGGCUCCCGUUGACCUCUCCGGUGUCUCUCUUGUUCAAACCCUAGCUUCGAUUUCGACGGAGGUCGUCUCUUGUUUCAGCGGCGUGCGGUUCUCGUUCCAGCGCAGGAACGCUCGUUCCCUGAUUCGUAAGAUCGAGAUCUUCGUUGUUUUGUUCGAAUUCCUCGUCGAUUCAGGCUGGGGCUCGAGAAACUCGACAUCUUCGUCGUCGACGGCGUUGCUGUGUCUCAAGGAGCUUUAUCUUCUUCUCUACCGCUCAAAGAUCCUCGUCGAUUACUGCGCUCAAUCCAGUAAGUUAUGGCUAUUGCUGCAAAACCCGUCGAUUUCAGGCUAUUUCCAUGAUUUGAAUCAAGAGAUUUCGACUCUCCUGGAUGUCUUCCCGGUCAACGAUCUCGGCCUCAGCGACGACAUUAGAGAGCAAAUCGAGCUUUUGCAGAGACAAGCCGGGAAAUCGAGAUUGUACAUCGAUAAGCACGACGAAUCGCUGCGCGACGCAUUCUAUUCGUUUCUCGACGGAUUCGAGAACGGGAAGAUACCGAAUUCGGCUGCUCUGAGAUCGUUUUUCCAGGAGAAAUUGGGGAUUAGGGAUUCCAUGUCUUGCAGGACCGAGAUCGAGUUUCUGGAAGAGCAGAUCGUGAAUCACGACGGCGAUUUAGAGCCUACGGGGUCGGUGAUCAACGGGUUCGUUGCGAUCACACGAUACUGUAGAUUUCUGUUAUUCGGAUUCGAAGACGACGGACUCGAGUGGAGGAUCGAGAAUCCGAAGAAACCGAGAAAAGGAUUCGUCGCGCAGGAGAUUGGGGACACAUUCAUCACAGUGCCAAAGGAUUUCGUUUGCCCAAUCUCUCUCGAUUUGAUGACAGAUCCUGUGAUUAUCUCCACAGGGCAAACUUACGAUCGGAGCUCCAUCUCUAGAUGGAUUGAAGAAGGUCACUGCACUUGCCCCAAAACCGGGCAAAUGCUCAUGGACUCUCGCAUCGUUCCCAAUCGAGCUCUCAAGAAUUUGAUUGUUCAGUGGUGCACGGCGAGCGGCAUAUCUUACGAGUCGGAGUUUACAGAUUCGCCGAACGAGGCUUUCGCGUCGGCUCUUCCGACGAGAGCCGCGGUGGAAGCAAACAAAGCAACGGUGUCGAUCCUUAUCCAGUAUCUAGCAGACGGCUCUGAAGCAGCGCAAACAGUGGCGGCGAGAGAGAUCCGUCUUCUCGCCAAAACCGGAAAAGAAAACCGCGCGUUCAUCGCGGAAGCGGGAGCGAUUCCGCACCUCCGCCGCCUUCUCAAAUCGGAAAACGCGGUCGCGCAGGAGAACUCUGUGACGGCGAUGCUUAACCUCUCGAUCUACGAGAAGAACAAGAGCCGGAUCAUGGAGGAAGAUGAUUGUUUGGAGUCGAUAGUGAGCGUACUCGUUAAAGGUCUCACAGUGGAAGCGCAAGAGAACGCAGCAGCGACGUUGUUCAGUCUCUCAGCUGUACACGAGUACAAGAAACGGAUAGCGAUUGUUGAUCAGUGCGUCGAGGCUUUAGCGUCGCUGCUUCAAAACGGGACACCGAGAGGGAAGAAAGAUGCGGUUACAGCUUUAUAUAACUUAUCGACACAUCCAGAGAACUGCAGUAGGAUGAUUGAAGGAGGAGGAGUGGCGAGUCUUGUUGGAGCUCUCAAGAACGAAGGCGUGGCGGAGGAAGCAGCAGGAGCGUUGGCUUUGUUAGUGAGACAGUCUCUUGGAGCUGAGGCUAUAGGGAGAGAGGAGUCCGCUGUGGCGGGGCUCAUGGGGAUGAUGAGGUGUGGGACGCCGAGAGGGAAAGAGAACGCGGUGGCUGCGCUGCUGGAGCUGUGUAGGAGCGGUGGAGCGGCCGCGGCGGAGAAAGUGUUGAGAGCGCCGGCCAUUGCGGGAUUGCUGCAGACGCUUUUGUUCACCGGGACGAAGCGGGCUAGACGGAAAGCGGCGUCGCUCGCUCGGGUUUUCCAGAGGCGGGAGAACGCGGCGAUGCGGUCGGGCGGGUACGGGUUCGUAGGGAAUUCGAACGGGAAUAGAGACGGUGGCAGUUUUACGACCGAUGUCUCGGUUCCGAUUUCGAUCUCCAUAUCCGUACCUGUGUUGUGA